AUGAGGCGAGCCGCGGGGAGCGGGGCCGGUGGCACGACGAGGCGCAUGAUGAUGGUUCCCCUGCACCGGCAGGAGCAUCAAGCCUCUGAGAUUCUCAGCGAUGCCAACCAUCAGCUGGUGUGCUGGACUCAAAGCAUCGGCAAAGAAUAUGAAGAUGUGAAGUCAGUGCCGGAGCGUCCGGAGCAGCCGGAGCUGGCUGGCCAGCACAAGGAGGAGACCCCAUCAGCGGUGAAGGAGGCAGAGCUCGCAAAGCAAGAGCUGGCGCUGUGUGUUGAGACUCUGCAUACCUACUCCUGUGAGACAUCUUCCGAGUCACGAGAGCGCUCUGCACUACUCGAUGCCGCGACGGCGACAGCAUCUGCAUCCAUCGAGAAGCUCAUGCAACUUAUCGAAAGGCAGGCCACGGAAGCGAGGGAAGCUGCCCAACAACGACGCGAACUGGAGGCCAAGAUUGCCGAACUGGAAGGGGACGCCGACGGCUUGAGGAGGAUGGUGCAGCGAGGCUUGCGAGAGGAGGCGGAGCUCCAGAAAGAGAAGGAGGAAAAAGCGGCUGAGGUGCUCGAGAAGCAGCAAAGCCUCGUCGAGGCAGAGAGGAAGGGGGAGAAGCUCACCGCCCAACUGGAAGAGGCCUUGGAAAGGAUCAAGAGGCGUGAGGACGAAGAGCGGCAAGCGCAGGAGAAUCUACGUGAUGGUGCCAAUUCUCCGAUGAUGGCAUUUUCCGCUUUUGUUCUUGGGCCGGAUCAGGUUCCGUGUGGCCUCCCGACAACUCUUGCCAGUAUCAGUGGUGAUGUCUUGAAGGAGAAACCUGAACACAAGAGGCUCGAGCGGCACCAGACCAAUCUGAGUGGAGCCAGCUCGACAACAAGGACCUCGCUCCUCAUGGCAGCAGGAUCUGCAGGCUUACAUGUGCCACCAAAUGGUCGCCAGAGUGGGCGGCUGGAUGCAGUGCCUUCCCAGAACUUGUCCAGGAGUGCAUCACCAGAUCCAACACAGGGAAGUUCCAAUCACAGCGAGGACAAGGACAGUGCUGCGACGCCGCCACAAACGAAGAAGCUUGGCACCAGGAGACGUUCGGAGGAGGAGGACAGCACGGACUCCGAAGCAGAAGCCGACAUGCCCAGGGCCUCACCUCUGGCAUCUUCGUUUCCUGCGCUUGUGCCAUAUCUGGACUUCCAGAAGGCAGAUGUGGACGCCGAGAAGAUUAAGGCUCAGACUGCGUCUCAGAACCAUGAGCACUUGGAGAAGCACAUGGUGAUGCUUCAGGAGGAGAGGCAGCAGCACUUGGAGCGGAACCAGCUGCUGCAGCAUGCUGUUGAUGCGACCCUCGAACGCAUCCUUGUGUGGGUGCAGGCAGCGUAUGACUCCUUGCACGACUUCGGUCCAACGUCGGUGCAGCAGGAUGCGGAGGCUCUUGCAGCGAUUCGAGACAUGCUUGCAUGGCUCGCACAGCGUUCCUGCAAGGCAUGGGUCGAUCCACCCGACAACCUGGAGCAGGCCUUGGCCAGCCAUGAGGAUCGUCUGCGCUCUGCUCUGGCUCUUGCAGAGAACCAGUCCUCAUCGGGCGAGGUAGAGGAGCUUCGCAAAGCACUUCAGCAACAGAUGAAGCGCGCGGAGGACCUGUCUGCAGUCUUGCCUUUAGAGCUGGAAAUAUCUGGUGCCCUUUACCCGUGGUCGCAGGACCUGGAGAAAGACUUGAAGGCUUGCCGCGCGUGCUUCACAAAUGCUGUUCCUGCCGCGCCAUAUUAUGCCUGCGUGCCAUCAUAUGAUAUGCCUGCGUUUACCUCUUGCUUUGAGAAGCCAACCCGUUUGCCUAACGUUUGGCGCUGCGGCAAGGCCUUGCAAAGCAGCGACUCCGUGCCCAGCACGAAGCUCGAAUUCUGGUUCCUUUAG